AUGCUGCGCCGAGGGGAUCUGCUGUUUUGGGGAAUACCUCGCCAAGACUGCCCAGUGGUCGAGCAACCGGACGCCGCUGUAGAUUUCACCAGCGCCGUGUUGGCCAGCGCAGGCAACAACCUAAAAGUGUUUCACGUGUCGAUGCUGCUCAACUCGAACUUCCUCAUUCACGCAACCUGUAUGUACGGAGUCAUCCAGGAGUCGGUCGAGCACUACUGCAAACGACUACUGGACGAGUGUGACGCUGAGUGCUAUGACGUCAUUGCGGUCAAGGUGCUGGCAGACGACCGGACGAAGGACGCGGCUGCGGAUUUCUGCGUUCAGCAGAUCGGUUGUGGCUACAACGAUCUGUUCUCGGACGACUGCAUCAACUCAAAUGGUCAAAAGGCGUACUACUGCUGCCAACUGGUGCGCAAGGCGUACCAAGCAGCGACCGCGUCCGCUUUCUUUCCGGUGCAGAUCAUGAAGUUCGACGAUGAGAACGGCGUUAUUCUGCCCUACUGGCUCGAGUACUUCCGGCGGCGAGCCAAACCGGUCCCCCUGAACGACUACGGCUCACACCCAGCCCGAUUACUGCAGUCCGACCGUCUGCGUCUGGUGUUCGUCAGCCGAGUGUGCCGUCAAAGGCCGAACCUGCUACCUGAAACGCUCGGUCUGAAUUUCGCCAACGAGUGA